UCUGAUUGCACAUUCGUCGGAAAAAAAAAAAAAAAAAAAAAAACAGGAGUGAAUAGGAAUUAAUGAAAAUAAUUUCUAACGCGCCAAAUCGUUAGUACAAUUUUGAAGACAUUGCAAGUAAACACCACCAAGUUUGUUAUUAAAAAGUGUAGAAAAUGUUGCGCGUUGGUAUCAGAGCUAUUCGUAAGAAUUUAAAUGUGAGAAAUUUGGCAAAUGCGCCUGCACAAGAACAUGCAAUAUCGGCGACCUUUAAGAUUCAAGAUCCUAAAGAUUUUGACGAACGCGUGAAAAAUUCAAAGGUACCUGUGAUUGUCGAUUUUUUCGCGACAUGGUGUAAUCCAUGCCGCAUGUUGACUCCUCGUUUAGAAUCGGUGAUUGCAGAAAAACAGGGAAAAGUACUUUUGGCUAAGGUUGACAUCGAUGAAAACAGUGAUCUUGCUCUUGAUUAUGAAGUUGGCAGCGUUCCUGUCUUAAUUGCAAUGAAGGAUGGGAAAGUUCUGGAAAGAAUCGUCGGUUUACAAGAUACAGAUAAACUCAGACAAUUUGUUAACAAGUACGCAGAUUAAUGCACAUUAAUGUUUAAUCUAGCGUCGUUAUACAUAGUACGAUCCUGUUAUUGCUUUUUGUAGCUGUGGCACAUGUUUAAUAUGUCUACAAAAAUAGUACAAAUAUAUCUUUAAAUUGGACUAUUUUUUAUUAGAAUUCAUUUUUUUUUUCUUUAUUUUAAACACAUUGUAGAAUGUAAUACUGAAAGGAAGGGAAGGAUAAAUUUUCAUUAUUUAAUAUAAUCAUAACAUUUUUCAAAUAAUUUUUCUACGUCUUUUUAUUGAUCAUAUUUAGUUUCAAUAGAAAAUCAGCUGAUUGAAUGAUAUUUUCUUAAAGAACAAAAAAUUGUUUCUUGUAUUUGUAUAAAUAAUAGACGACGAGGAAUGUGUAAUAUAUGUAUCUUGAAACAACUUUGAAGUUGUAUUAACAAUUAUAUCGUAUAUUGUACUUUGCAAAAAUUCUAUGUAAACUAAAUGAGAAAAGAUAUUGAAUAAUAAUGAAAUAAAUCUUUCUCUUAUGUA